CAUACUGUAAAUGAAAUGAAGCCAGCUUCUCAUCCCUCUUGCUCAUUGGCCUUGGCUCCUCCUCCAGCCUUCUCACUAGAUCUCUAUUUGAGCUUUGUGGGCUCUAAAGAAAACAGACGCAUGAGUAAAGGAAUAGAGGGCUACUCCUCUCCUCCUCUCCUCCCUUCCCACUUUUUCCUCCUCCAUUCACAGAGCUGAGAGAAACACUCCCCAGGUUGGACCUCCAGGCAGCACCUCUCUCUGUCCACUGCAUGGACUACUGCAGCACACAACAAAAGAAGCACUAUUGUUUCCCCUUCGUUUGGGGGCAAUUGUGUGUGUUUCCCUAGAUAAAAAGUUUGCCGUCUUCCUAUGUUACAAUGAGGCUUUGUUGCACGUGAGUUUCCACAGAACCAGGAGCGGGGUACAUCAGAACGCCGAAGAAGACUUAGGUCCAUUUUCAGAGCGACCCUGUCGGGGUUUUGGACAGACUGGUUUCAGGGUGCGGUUGCUCCGCCAGAGAUGGGCUCAGAUGUGCGUGAUCUCAAUGCCCUGCUGCCCCCGGUGCCAGCCUUGCCAGGGGGGAACGGGAACUGUACCCUGCCCGUCAGCAGUGCUCCUCAGUGGGGCCCCGUACUGGACUUCCACACUGGCACCCCCUACAGCUCGCUGGCCCCCCACCCCUUCAUCAAGCAGGAGCCCAGCUGGAGCUCUGGGGACCCCCAUGAGGACCCCCACUGCGGCCUGAGCGCCUUCACUGUGCACUUCUCCGGCCAGUUCACUGGCACAGGGGCCUGCAGGUACGGGGCCUUCGGGGCCCCCCCUCCACCCAGCCAGCCCCCACCAAGCCAGCCAAGGAUGUUCAGCAACGCACCCUACCUGACCAACUGUAUGGACACCCAGCCCCCCUCCAGGAACCAGGGUUACAGUGCUUUCGAUGGUACCACUAAUUACGGUCACACUCCCACACACCACUCCUCCCAGUUCCCCAACCACUCCUUUAAACAUGAAGACUCCCUCGCUCAGCAGACCAGUAUGGGUGAGCAGCAGUAUCCUGUCCCUCCACCCGUGUAUGGAUGUCACACCCCAUCAGACAGCUGUGCAGGCAGCCAAGCCCUACUGCUAAGGAACCCUUACAACAGCGGUGAUCAUUUAUAUCAAAUGGCAUCUCAGCUGGAAUGUACGGCAUGCAACCCUGUUAACACGCUGGCUUCCACCAUUAAGAGCCUUGCUACGGGCUAUGAGAGUGACCCCAGCAAUCCCAUGGUCUAUAGCUGCAGCACCCAGUACCGCAUCCACACCCAUGGAGUAUUCAGAGGCAUACAGGAUGUCCGACGGGUGCCAGGUAUCGCCCCUGCCAUUGUUCGCUCAGAGACCAGUGAGAAGAGGCCGUUCAUGUGCACAUAUCCUGGCUGCAACAAACGGUACUUCAAGCUGUCCCACCUGCAGAUGCACAGCAGAAAACACACAGGUGAGAAGCCCUACCAGUGUGACUUCACCGACUGUGGACGAAGGUUCUCCAGGUCAGACCAGCUGAAGAGACACCAGCGAAGGCACACAGGGGUUAAACCGUUCCAGUGCGAGACGUGUCAGAGAAAGUUCUCACGGUCUGACCACCUUAAGACCCACACCCGGACUCAUACAGGUAAAACAAGUGAGAAGCCAUUCAACUGCAGAUGGCCCAACUGUCAGAAGAAGUUUGCCAGGUCCGAUGAGCUGGUUCGUCACCACAACAUGCACCAGAGGAACCUGACCAAGCUCCAGCUGGCCAUCUGAGCCGGAUCUUAGCCAGCCUCACUGCUCUCAAACACCCUCCCUCCCUACAUGAGACUGAAUCCUCCAGCUCGCACGGGGGAGCAGCAGCAGAGCAGGAGGCCGACAACAUUGUUCAUCUGCACGUUACUGUACAGCCUCACCAACGGACAGUUCUCCAAACAGUGCCACCUAGGGACAGUCCUCUGUUCAUACGCUCUGAUUCAGAGGGUUAUUUUAGUGAGAUAUAUUUAAUGAGGAAACCAAACAGUUUCUAUCGCUUGUCGGUGUUCUAUAGAUGUGUAUAACCUUUGUGCCCAUUUCUCAUUUGAAGUAUUACAGACUAAUUUAUUUGAUCAUACUUUUGUGAAUUAAAAUCUUUCACUGGAAUGAUUUCUGGAAAGGGGGAUUUCUGGAAAGGGGGACAUUGGUCCGACAGUAUCUUCAUCAUCGCUAUUGUUCAGUCCACAUCCCUGUGUUUUUGAUUUGAUCUGCACCGGGUAGUUGAAACGUAAAGCUACACUAUAUCCGCUUUUGUCUGUGAUGUUGUUUGUAAAUAUUGUUUCACUUUGACAGUGGAUUUUGGGGCUGUGAGUUUUAAAAAAGAUGUAUCGGGCACACUGGCUAUGUGGCCAAGAAGUUGUCAUAUUAAAUGAUGUAAAUAAUAAUACUGGACCAUGGAUUGCAUUAAUAUUCUUGCCAUGGAAAAAUGUGACUUAAGUAUUAUAGUUUAGACUAGAACUACUUCGAUAGAUCCAGGAAAUGCUUUUUUAAGUGUGUAUUUCAUGUCAUAAAACACUUAAUAGUUUUUUUCUGUUUUUUUUUUUUUUUUACUCUGAAAUGUAUUAUAAGUACAUUACGGUCUGUUCCCAUGUGUUUAAACUGUAUUGUUCUUACUGUUUUUAUACAGUAUAUAUACUGA